AUGCCCUGCCGUGAGGAUGAAAACGGCGCUGAUUCCAGAAUACAGAUUGGGACAGGCAACCCUGGGCUAAAGCACACAAUGCAUAGCACUGGUACCAUGCUCGAGUUAGCCAUCUCAACUACUUGCCAAGUCGUCGGUCGUAACGGCAUGCGUGCUCUCUGGAUCGUCUUCGGGAUUACCGGUAUGGUCAUCGCGUCCGCUGUCUUCGCUCUACGGUCCUCUACCAUUGUCAUGUCUCGCCGAUUAUACCAUGUUAUUACUACUUUGAUUACCAUUAUUUCCGCUCUUUCUUACUUCGCCAUGGCAUCAGGCCAUGCUGCGGCCUUCAUCUGCCAAACGAUCAGAGAAGACCAUAAGCAUGUACCCAAUAUACUUCGCCAUGUUUGCCGUGAGGUAUUCUGGGCUCGUUUUGUUGAUUCGAGCCUGACAAUCCCUCUUUUGUUACUGGAGCUCUGUCUUCUCGCUGGGGUUGAUGGCGCUCACACCUUAAUGGCUAUUGUGGCUGUUCUUGUUAUGGUCUUGUCAGGGCUCUUUGCGGCCUUCGGCUGUGACAAUACCGCGCAGACAUGGGGGUGGUUCGCGAUCGCAUGCUUUUCUUAUCUGUUUGUCAUCUGGCAUGUUGCAGUUCAUGGUUCUCAAACGUUCCAUGGCCACCUUCAUUCUGAUUCUCUGGACGAUUUACCUAAUUGUUUGGGGUAUCUCAGACGGCGCAAAAAAUAUAUCUGUGGACUCGGCAAUUAUCGCCUACGCCGUCCUAGAUGUAUUGACGAAACCAGUUUUUGGGGCUUGGCUCCUCAUAGCCCAUCAUCAGAUUCCGGAGAUCAAUUUUGA